CUGAGAUGCCGCUGAAAUUGAGUAUUGGAAAACGGCCUAGGACAAGACUGUAUACUGCACUGCAGCGAAAUUGCGCUGCAGUCUUGUCCUAGGAAUUAGGCCGCAAAUAAGUACAGUAAUAUAAGUUACAUUGACUGUAUUUGUAUAGAUUUGCUCUAGAAAUACCCUCACGUUUUGCUCUUUGCUUUGGCAAAGAUAGGCCUAUCUGUUCUUUUCAAAUAUUGCAGUUGCGUCGUUUUUAGUCCAUAUAGGCUGUAGUCCAGAAGCAGUACUGGUAGUCAGGUAAAUUCAUAAGCAAUUCAAGAUGUCUUCCAUUCGAGUCAAGAGCCGACGUGUGUUGCUUAGGGACAACGGCACCAUAGGACCAGCUGUUGUGGAGAUAGUUAAUGGGAAGAUUUUCAGGAUUGUGGAAGGAGAUAAAUACAGUGGUCCAUGGGAUGAAGCAAAGGAUAUUGAUGCUGGACAGUACCUUGUCAUGCCCGGGAUUGUGGACAGUCAUGUUCAUGUCAACGAGCCAGGACGCACAGAGUGGGAGGGGUACGAGACAGCCACCAAGGCGGCAGCAGCUGGUGGGAUAACAACCAUCGUAGACAUGCCCUUAAAUUGCAUUCCUUCCACAGUGAGCUUAGAUGCCUUCAGGACAAAGUUAAUCUACGCAGCCGAGAUGGCACAUGUCGAUGUUGCGUUCUGGGGUGGAGUCAUACCGGGAAAUGAGCUAGAGUUGAAGCCUAUGAUUCGUGAGGGCAUCGCUGGGUUCAAGUGUUUUCUGAUCCACAGCGGAGUGGACGAGUUCCCCCAUGUUACCGAGGAUGACCUGCACAAAGCCAUGAAGGAACUGCAGGGCACCGACAGUGUGCUGCUGUUCCAUGCUGAAGUGGAGACAGACCUCCAACCAGAUGACAAUCUGACUGCUCCAACUGCCUAUGAGACAUUUCUGAAGUCCAGGCCAAAAGCCAUGGAGAAUGAAGCCAUUCGAUUGGUCGCCAAGUUGUGCUUGCAGUACAGGGUGCCCUGUCACAUUGUUCACCUCUCCUCAGCGGAGGCCCUUCCCAUCAUUCUCGAUGCCCGCAAACAGGGCGCUCCCAUCACCGUAGAAACGUGCCAUCACUACCUCUCGCUGGAUGCGGAAACUGUGCCCAGCGGAGCCACGCAGUUCAAAUGCUGCCCACCAAUCAGGGAACACGAGAACCAGGCUAGGCUUUGGUCUGCUGUCACCUCUGGCGACAUUGAUAUGAUCGUGUCGGAUCACUCCCCAUGCACGGCUGACCUCAAACUUACUCAAGAAGGCGACUUCAUGAAGGCAUGGGGAGGGAUUUCAUCUUUGCAGUUUGGAUUAUCACUGUUCUGGACUGGGUCACGGAAUCGAGGCAUGCAUAUUCAUGAGCUAGUCCGCCUGAUGUGUGAACGGACUGCCCAGUUGGCUGGCCUGGCAGACAGUAAGGGGCAACUCAAGGUGGGCAUGGAUGGAGACCUAGUGAUAUGGGACCCAGAAGCAGAAUUCCAGGUCACUCGAGACAAGAUCCAACAUCGGAACAAACUGACCCCUUACGAGGGCAAAGUCCUAAAGGGUGUAGUCCACAAGACGCUGGUCAGGGGUCAGGUGGUGUACGACGGGGGACGACACUCGGGGAAACCGCUCGGCAAGCUGUUGUUCAGGGGGACGGCAGGGGGCCAGUCUGCAUCCCCGAAACAUUGAGAGGUGCUAAACGGGCCAGACGCUUGCGGUUACAUCACAAAGUGCUGUUGACAUUUGGAAGCAAGGGUCCACUCCAUUUUGGACAAGUGAUUUUCAUUGCAAAUGCAACUAGAGGUCAGGGCCUACGUUAACUUUUGACCCCUAUCCAUCAUACCCAGUGCAUCAAAACAACAGUAGAUCCACCAACAACUGCUAUAGGACACACAAUUUCAACUUGGCCUUGCCCGCCGCCGCUCGGAUUUUAAUUCACCAAAGUUGACACAAAUUAGUUGGUAUUCAUUCAAACAGUCCCAAUUACUCGUUAUAAUUUAAAACUUAGUCUUCGAAGAUAAUGACAUAGCAAAACACUGUUAUAAAUUAAUUUAACAAUCCUUAGAGCAAACAAUUCGAGAGGCAUAUUAAAUUCGUAACAAUGCUAUGAUGAAAAUGUUUUUGUAACUAAUUUUCAAACUUUACGUGCUUCACAACUUUUCUGUAGUACUGUCCCUGUACUCUCAAGUUAUUCCUUUCAAUACAAAUGUUUAUGAAUUCUAAAAAACUGAAAUCAAACCAUGUGAAUGGUAAAACCGGUUCAGGUUGCUUAACAUUUUCUUUCGUUCCAAAAUUAUUGUUAUGUGAUAAAAAUAAAGUCAUUUAUCAUAUUUUCUUUUACUUGCAUUAAGCUGGGACUGAGUCUAAAAAAUUGUUCAUUGUUUUAGAGAAAAACUGCCUUUCAAAAUGAAAUAUUUUUCAUUGAUCAGUCCCGGUAUUUCUGUUGGUUUGUUCAAGAAAUGGAAGGGUUUGGAUUUAUUAUGUUGAGUGCUCAGCAAGUUUUGAACAGAGCUGAAGAUUUUAUUUACAAACUGCUUGGUAAAAGUGAGAUAAUUUGCCUUUCAUGAUGCUAAUUCCGUGAUUAUUUUCCACUGGAAAGAAUGCUCACUUUCGUAUCAUCUUGCAUGAUCUGUCAUGGUCUUUUUUAGGAGGGAAAAAUCAUUUCAGAUUAAACAUGAGGAAAAAGAAGAAAAAUCAAGUGCAUAUUUUUAACAUGAAGGAAGAGUUAAAGAGCUGUGUGUUUGAGAUACGUGGCUACUGCUGGCAAGAAUGUGCCUACAGUAGCUACAUUCAAUACAAUAUUACUUUCAUUCAUGCAUGAAAAAGAGAAACUGGUAUUUAUACAAAUUCUGUAUCUUGAAAAUUUGCCUACAUGUGAUUAAACCUUUGUCUAGAAAAUA